CUUUCAGUCACACGAAGUCACGAACCACCUCCGCCGUCGCCCCCGCCCCAAAAACCCGAUCAGAAAAUUCUCAUUUCAGCUCCUUUUUCCGGCGACAACAAAAUGAGCAGCCCGUUAUAGACCCCAACGAAAGGAAAGAAGAAAAGUUUUAGAAAUCCUAUUUCUGCUGCUGCUACUAGCAUACUGCUACCACCACUGCUACUAUUUUCGUAGGACAGAAGUACCUCAAAGUUUCACUCAUUUCUAUAUCGUCUUCCGCAACGAUGACGAUCCACGCCGCAGUGAUCCAAAAGCUCCUCAGUACAAACGCGCAUUUGGGUCGCCGGGUCGCAGCUCACCACUUCAAAAUCUACUCUUGCGGCUCCCGGAACGCCAUGACUAUAAUAGACUCCGACAAGACUCUUAUUUGCCUCCGCAACGCCUGCAAUUUCAUGGGCAACCUCGUCAGGUUAAAAGGGCGGUUUCUUUUCGUCAAUACCAACACCCUUUUUGACGAAAUCAUCGAGGAAAUGACGAAAGCCAUUGGGAUUAAGAAUGACAAGUCGUGGCGUCUUGGAGGCUUUUUAACAAACAGUUCGAGUCCCAAAAAGUUUCGCGGCCGGAAUAAGAAGUUGAACUUGGGAGCCAUUCACGCUCCUGAUUGUGUGGUGAUUUUCGAUACGGAAAGGAAGUCUUCGGUUAUUUUGGAGGCUGAAAGGUUGCAAGUUCCGAUUGUGGGGCUUGUUGAUUCGAGUAUGCCGUGGGAAACUUAUAAGAAGAUUACUUAUCCGGUGCCUGCCAAUGAUUCAGUUCAAUUUGUUUACUUGUUUUGUAAUUUGAUCACGAAAACUUUUUUGUAUGAGCAAAGAAAAAUGAAGGCUGCACAAGGGGCAGAUGAUUCAACCGCUGGAACUCGGGAUGAUGAUUUACAAAUUGAGACUGCUAGCAAGAGGGGUAAAAUCUUUGUUCUUCCUUAUGAAAGCCUGCAGCCUGCUCCUGAGGAUGUCUCAGACUUGAAGCAGCUGCUGGACAAAGCUGUGGUGUUGAAAUUCAAUGGAAGGCUGGGGACAAACAUGGGUCUUAAUGGGCCCAAGUCUACCAUUGAAGUGCAGAAUGGAAUGACAUGUCUUGAUUUGGUUAUCAAUCAAAUUGAGUCCCUCAAUGCUAAAUAUGGAUGCAACAUUCCCCUGCUUCUGGCGAAUACAGUUAAUACGCAUGAUUCUACCUUAAAGGUUUUGCAGCAACACACGAACAAAAAUAUUCAUGCGUUUCUCCAGAGUGAAGAGUACGAGGAUGAUUCAGAUGAAGCUCCACACGAGGAUAGAAUGUAUGCGUCCAGUCACAGUGAAGUUUAUCUUUCCUUGAAGAACAGUGGUAAACUUGAUGUUCUAUUAUCUCAGGGUAAGGAGUAUAUUCUUGUACUGAACUCGGACAACCUAGCUCAGGUUAUUGAGCCCAAAAUAAUAAGUCAUUUGGUGCAGAACAAUAUCGAAACUUGCAUGGAGGUAAUGCCUGCCUCCUCAGACCUGGAAGUAAAGGAGGUUCCAUCUCAUGAAGGAAAAUAUGAGUCGAAGGAGAAUCUGAAGUUUACUGAUACCGUUUGGGUGAGUAUGAACUCCAUUGAAAGUCUUAUGCAUAGUUCUCUCGUUGAGAGCUCUGCUAUUUCCGAGUUUUUUGACCAGGCAUCUGCAAUAAGUGUUCCAAAAUCAAGAUAUCUUCCAGUUGAAGCAACAUCCGAUUUACUUCUGUACCAGUCGGAUCUUUAUAGUUUUGAUGAAGGCAUUCCUACACGGAGCUCAGCCAGAACAAAUCCUGCUGAUCCUCUGAUUGAAUUAGGACCCGAGUUUGCAGAUGUUACUGAAUUCCAUGGUCGUUUUAAGUCAAUGCCUAGCAUCAUUGAGCUUGAUGCAUUGGAGGUAACUGGUGAUGUAUGGUUUGGAAGUGAUGUAACUCUGAAGGGGAAAGUUAGCAUCCACGCAAGACCAGAUGUAAAGAUGGUAAUUCCUGAUGGAGCAGUACUUGAAAACAGGAUAAUUACAAGGCCGAGAGACGUUGAAGGACCUUUAUAAUCUCUAUUGCUGCAUGACCUUAUCGAUCGAAUCAGAGCAUGAAAUUGUUGUAUUUAAGCUGUUUUCAGUGCUUUGCAGAGUGAUCGGAUGUCUUCAUAUAACUAUAUAUCAAAGAAAGUAAGAUAGAUCCCCAAAAAAAAAAAAAAUUCAGGUAAAAGGAUCCAAUUUUGUAUUUGUCCAUUACGUUGAGAUUUGCUUAAUUGUACCGAAGCAGAGGAAGCAGAAAUUACGAAAAGCUAAUUAUUGCUUUCGGAAAUAAAGAAACCCUUGCGGUUUACACUCUUUUGGUCUA